GAUGAUCAGUUGUAAAAGUGGAAGAUUUCCAGGCCCUGCCUGGAGGCUGGCAACUCUACAGUGAAAUGAUGGUGGAGAGCAGGGAUCAUAUGGUAGAAAAAUAGGUGGUGGUGGUGCUCAUCCAGGGAUUGUUAUGCAGCUGCACCUACUAUUCAAUGGACAAGGAGGUGGAACUCUCAGAAAGGUUCAGGAGCUGUGCUUCUGUGAACUCCCACUGAAUCGGAGGCCUGGUGGGGAGUGAGAAGUGCUGUUUGAAGAAGAAAUCCAAGGAGAAAAAUAAAGAAGUGGUGUCAAGUCAAUAUGAUCAUACAUUUCUUUUACCAAGCAUGCUGGUGAAAACAGGAUAGAAAUAGUGUUGGUUUCUCCACAGAAGCACGUCCUUUCCUAUUAAUUCCAGCUAUGGUGUGGUCUAGGUAUCUCCACACUUUGGAUGAUUUGUACAUAAUGACAGCUGAAGAUUCCACGGCUAGAAUGAGUAACGAUUCUUCCAACAUGCCAACAAACAAAGUGCCAGAGGGUGUAGCUGGUGCACCUAACGAGGCGGCACUACUGGCACUCAUAGAGCGCACUGGAUACACCAUGGUUCAAGAGAAUGGGCAGCGCAAAUACGGCGGGCCACCUCCAGGCUGGGAAGGGUUGCAUCCUCCUCGCGGGUGCGAAGUCUUUGUUGGUAAAAUUCCCCGUGAUGUCUAUGAAGACGAACUAGUCCCUGUAUUCGAAUCCGUAGGCCGAAUCUACGAAAUGCGCCUGAUGAUGGAUUUUGAUGGGAAAAACCGGGGGUAUGCCUUUGUCAUGUACACUCAGAAACAUGAAGCCAAGCGUGCCGUCAGAGAGCUGAACAACUAUGAAAUCCGCCCUGGCAGGCUGCUAGGGGUGUGUUGCAGCGUCGAUAACUGCAGGCUGUUCAUUGGAGGAAUCCCCAAGAUGAAGAAAAGGGAAGAAAUUUUAGAAGAGAUCUCCAAAGUGACGGAAGGAGUUCUAGAUGUCAUCGUGUAUGCCAGCGCAGCAGACAAAAUGAAGAACCGGGGAUUCGCCUUUGUAGAGUAUGAAAGCCACAGAGCGGCGGCCAUGGCAAGGAGGAAACUAAUGCCUGGGAGGAUCCAACUGUGGGGCCACCAGAUUGCCGUUGACUGGGCGGAGCCUGAGAUAGAUGUUGAUGAAGAUGUCAUGGAGACCGUAAAAAUCCUGUAUGUGAGGAAUCUGAUGAUUGAAACCUCAGAGGAUACAAUUAAAAAAGUUUUUGGUCAGUUCAACCCUGGUUGUGUGGAACGAGUUAAAAAAAUACGAGAUUACGCUUUUGUGCACUUCACAAGCCGGGAAGACGCAGUUCACGCCAUGAAUAAUCUCAACGGCACUGAACUUGAAGGGUCCUGUCUGGAAGUUACCCUAGCCAAGCCGGUGGAUAAAGAGCAGUACACCCGUUACCAGAAAGCGGCUAAAGGUGGAGGAACCACUGAAGUUACUCAGCAGCCGAACUAUGUUUACUCUUGUGAUCCCUAUACGCUAGCAUAUUAUGGCUAUCCGUACAAUGCUCUGAUUGGUCCUAAUAGAGAAUAUUUUGUGAAAGCCGGCAGCAUUAGAGGCAGAGGACGAGGUGCAGCAGGCAACAGAGCGCCUGGCCCGAGAGGUUCUUACCUGGGGGGAUAUUCUGCAGGCCGUGGCAUAUAUAGCAGAUAUCACGAAGGGAAAGGCAAGCAGCAAGAAAAAGGAUAUGAGCUUGUUCCUAAUCUGGAGUUGUCUACGGUCAGCCCAGUCGCCAUUAAGCCCGGCACAGUGGCAAUUCCGGCUAUUGGCACCCAAUAUUCCAUGUUUCAAGCAGCUCCAGCGGCUAAGAUGAUAGAAGAUGGGAAAAUCCACGCCAUGGAGCACAUCAUCAGCCCCAUUGCUGUUCAGCAGGAUCCAGCAAGUGCCGCUGCAGCAGCUGCCGCUGCAGCUGUAAUACCUGCUGUUUCCACCCCUCCUCCUUUUCAGGGCCGUCCCAUUACUCCCGUGUACACCAUGGCUCCAAACGUGCAGAGAAUUCCAGCGGCUGGGAUUUAUGGUGCAAGUUAUGUCCCAUUUGCUGCUCCAGCCACGACAGCCACAAUAGCCACUCUGCAGAAGAACGCUGCUGCUGCUGCCGCUGCCGCCGCCGCAUACGGUGGAUAUGCUGGCUAUAUCCCUCAAGCAUUUCCAGCUGCAACUAUCCAGGUUCCAAUACAUGAUGUCUACCCAACUUAUUGAGACCACUGGCCAGUGGGGGGUGGGUGGGUGGGGUGGGGUCACGCUGAAGGAACAUUUUACUAUUUAUGAAGAAGAAAGAACCUACUGCAGAAGAGUACGCUUGGACGUCAGUCGACUGACAACAGAACCUGGAAGAGAAGUUUAUAUCAAAUAUAUAUCAUCAUGUUUGAAAUCUUUUAUACGUAUGAAGUUUUUACUAACUUUUUAGGCUGUUUUAAAAAUGUUUUAAUAUUGCCUGUGUUCCUACAUUUCUGAAAUGGCUUAUUUUCUAGGCCCAUUCCUCUAUAUAGGUUUAUACAGAAUAGUGGGGUUUUUUAGCAAUUAUUUUCAAUAUAUUUGUGGUAUGAAGGUUAUUUUUAGUAAGUUCUGCACUCCAGAGAUGUCUAUUUUGUAGUGCCUUUAAUAAUAUAUCAACUAAAUAUUAAAAAGUGCACCUGAGCAGCUAGGGAAAAGUUUUUAAACAAUAUAUUUUGAAGAAUAUAUUCAAUAUUUAAAGAAUACAUGCAAUAGAUUUAAAAUUUAUAUAUAUAUAUAUACACAAAUGUGUGUCUUAUUUAAAAAAAAAAAAGUUAUACUGGAAAGUGCAAUUUUGAAAGCGACAGACCUCUGCAUUAUGUCCUAGCAUUUGUAUGGUUUCUUUGUUAGCUAGAGCCACAUAAACACCUUUUAUUAAUAAAGAAGCUCCCACAAAUUA